GCUGUCGUUUUAAAAACUUCUUUUUUCUCUGUUCCCCGCGGAUGAAGGUGAAAUUGAGCUGGGAACUGCCUCCUUCUUCAGACCUUUAGCUACACCCAGCAAAACAACUUCUUUUAUUGAACUACCACAGAUUUUAUUUAACUGUAGAAAACUUACUGAACCUGAAACACCGGAUAGCAGAUCGUUUACGACAUUCACAAACCUGAAUCAGCGUGAACGUUUCUGUUUCUGACAGUUUUACAUGUUGUUAAGCAACAUGAACGUUGGGCACCAACGUCGUUUUACUGUUUACAACAUUUAUCGCUUCGAUUCCGCUAAACUUUAACACAUGCAAAGUAGUUGGAUUUUUUAUUUUAUUUUUUUAAAGGUGACAAAUGUGUCUCAACAUAUCAACGCCUGAGAGGUCACUGACACCCGACUACGACUCCACGAUGUCACUUGAAGCCAGUAGCUCAAGGCAGUGUACCUGUGACCACAGCGAGGCCUUUGAUGAUGUACUGAAGUACGUCGGUAAGCUUCAGGAAAGCCACAGCCAACUUGAAGAACACUUUAAAAACUUAAAUGCGAGUCACCAACGAGACUACUCUUUGCUCUUUGAGGACCUUAAAGACCUACAGAACAGAAGGGAAUCUCUAGAAGAGCGAUUCAUUGACUUGACAGAACAGUAUCAGAAUGAAGUUUGGAACUUGAAAAAAGAGUUAGCUGCCACAGCGGAGAAGAGUGCUGAUCGGUCUUCUGAUGCAACACAAGAUUUUUAUGAGGUGCUGGAGGCUUGUGAGAGACGCCAGUUCAAGCUGGAGCAGCAGCAGCAGAAAGAAGAGGAUGCAGGGCAUCCAGAGACACGGGCCAAUACCACUGCACAGACAGUACUUGAAAAACUAAUCGAUGUAUCGCUAGCCUUUAUAACUGUGCUUUUGGUGCUGAUGUCCACAGUGAGCAGCUGGGUGGCCCCAUUUUUCAAGACAGCCCUUCUAAUGUUUUGCACGCUGCUUUUUCUGGUCCUUUUGUCUUUCCUGUGGAGGCACUGGAAUGUUAUUUUAGAGUAUCACCAGUUACCCUUCUGCAAUUAACAUCUUGGAAACAAAUAAAAUGAAUGCAGACACCCCUCCGUUAUCUUUAUUACUGCAG